AAGUGUGUCUGCGAACAAAUGCCUCAGGCGGUGGGCGCUAAAUAUUUAACUGGAGCAGGGAGUUGGUUGCAACGGAGCGCUUGGAGAGUGACAAAGAAACCCCUCCUAGGAUAGUUAUUUAUUUAAUGGACAAUCCUUGUUAGAUCGCUUCGUUUGGAUUUCUUUCUUACUGCGAUAGUUAAAUAUUUCUGCCAUACACUCACCUUCUGGAAAAAAAAAGCAGCACAGCGCAACAAACUGCUAAUAUAAUUAAUUAAUCAUGGCUGGCCAUCAUCCACCGCUAGCGCUUCUCCUGCUUCCCCCGCCUCCGCAACCUCUGUCCGCCGCUGCACUCAGCGCCGCCUAUCGCCCUCCACUUCGCGCCGCAUUGCAAAGACUCCAGCGCCUGUCGGUCCGCUAUUCAGCGCAAGUCUCGUGCGACAUUGCCCUUCCAUACCCAGGCUAUACCCUAGGACAAGCCCAACACACAUUCUCUGGAUGCGAAGAGAAACUCCUUCACGACGUUCAGGACCUCCUGUUGAACACAUAUACUCUCAUCUACUCAAUAUGUAACGAGCAAAAACAGAAAGCGGAGUCCUCCGUAAAUACGCCCUCGCCAGGCACACCCAAUUUCAAGAAUGUGGAUGCUCGCAUUAUUCUUCUAGGCUACGACCAAGGUUUUAGCUACGACACUCUCGUCCGCCCUGCUCGUGCCAUUCCAUCAUGCAUUGUCGACUUAUCUAUACUCGCGCUUUCUGAUAGAAACUGGUCUCACCUAUACGUGACGGAGGGAGAGCCUGGGGAGCGGCUCUACCGUCAGUUUAGGGCGUUGGUGAAUGGUAACCUCUCGGCCCGGGUAGGUGGAACGUGGGAGAUGGAGCGGGUACCUGGCGGGAUGAGUUUUAAUAUGCGGCAACAAUCGCAAGCAUUACCAGGCGCGGCAGCGCCAGUGACAGAUGGAAGUAUCACGGCCACCAAGAUACCGGGGCACCGAGUACUGGUAAUUGGUAGGGAAGAGAGGAGCGACCAGGAAGCAAAUUUCCUACUUGCAGAUUUAAGUCAAAAGCUCCAGUUAACCAUCGCACUAUUGCUCGCCGAGUUCAACAGCUCCGCCAUUCAACCGGAGAACCAGAACCUAGAUGAUGACAGCGGCCCCGCUCCCCCACCUUCAAACCGUGCAGCUCCCGAGGUGACCGGAUUUUUUCAAUCGAUCGUUGACUGGCGCAUUGCAGGCGAUCGAUUCUCAAAAACUCAACCAGCCAGCAGCAGACUUCGUUUCUACAGAAACACCAAUGGCUCAAUUGCAGUCAGCCCUUGGGAGUUGAUUUAUGUCACCGAACCUCGAAAACAACUGAAACAAAUAAUUUAUGGCAACAAGGAAGAUGGUGUUGCUCAUAUGGAAUAUACGGUAGUCUUGGAUGAAUCGCAGAAGGAUUCCCUGGCAAAUCUCAUUCAGCCAUGGAAUGAUAUAUGCCGGUUGGUGGUUUGCAAAUCUCUUGUGCCACCCUCAUCUCAGUAUGAGCCUCACGAGGACGACCUACUCUAUCAGAACUAAAUUUAUACUUUGGUGCAUCCUAUCUAUCUAAUGUACUUUGCUAAAUGCUUCUUAUUCUCCUGGUUAACUUUCUGCUUUCCAUCCAGGUAUUUAUUUCUCCGUGUAAACACGACUCUUACGACUAAACGAUCGAAUUCUUCUACCUAACAAUGGUUUUGUUUGGAAAAGCCGGUUCUACAUCCAUUGAUAUUUUCACUUAGCCCGCGCACUCAUAUAUCUGUAUUCCUGUCAAUUUGGGCUCAUUUUGUCACAUAUCCUGCGGCCAUACAUCGCCCAAAACGUUCCAUUCUAUCUCAUAGUGGGCAAACCACUAAAUUGAUAUGACCAAUGCGAUCCUACUUUUUGGACAACCCACCUUUCUAUAGCUGUCACCUCGUAAUGUUAAAUGUAUGCAGAACAAGCGGACUUCAUAUCGGCUUGGCAUAACAAUAGAGGGUUCUAAACACAGGUAAUCUAAGCACAGGUUCUCACAAGAUAUUAUAUAUAUAUAUUUAAAAAAAAAAA